CAGACAGAGAGCACCUGUUACAUUUGCCAUUUGCACACAAAGAGGAGACGACCGACUACAGGCAAUAGCUCGACUCGGUGUAACUUAACUUUUAAAUUCGCAUCUUAUAUCGCGUGUGUAUAUCUACCAAGAAACCAUGUCUGAACAAGAAGCAGUCCCCAACAACGCCGUAGAAGAACCAAAAACUGAGAAAGCCGAAAAUGCGGUCGAAGAAACAAAAGAAGUGAAGGAGAAUGGGACCGGGGAUGUCGAACCUGUUGCAGAGGCUGAAAAAGAGGCCCCCAAGGAGAUGCGAGCCGUGGUUUUAACUGGAUUCGGUGGUUUGAAGUCUGUGAAGAUUCUCAAGAAACCCGAGCCUUCUGUGAACGAGGGCGAAGUUCUGAUUCGAGUCAAAGCAUGCGGUUUGAAUUUCCAAGAUUUAAUGGUACGCCAAGGAGCCAUCGACUCUCCUCCCAAAUGUCCCUUUAUCUUAGGUUUCGAAUGUGCAGGAGAAAUCGAACAAGUUGGUGAAGGAGUGGAAGAUUUUGCAAUUGGUGACCAAGUUGUAGCUUUACCGGAAUACAGGGCAUGGGCCGAAUUAGUAUCGGUCCCCGCAAAAUACGUGUACAAACUACCUAAGGAUGUGUCCCACUUGGAUGCUGUUACCAUUACAAUGAACUAUACGGUGGCCUAUAUUCUAUUGUUCGAGCUUUCUGGUCUAACUCAGGGAAAAUCCAUCCUAGUUCACUCUGUAGGAGGUGGAGUGGGUCAAGCGAUCGUACAACUAGCCAAGACCGUCCCAGAUGUUACUAUUUUCGGCGUUUGUUCAAAAGGCAAACACGAAGCAUUGAAAACUGCCGAAUCACCCAUCGACCACUUAUUAGAAAGGGGGUCCGACUAUGCUAGUGAAAUUAGAAAAGUUUCCCCAGACGGUGUAGAUAUUGUUUUAGAUUGCCUUUGUGGCGAGGAAUGCAACAAGGGUUACACUUUGCUCAAGCCGAUGGGCAGAUAUAUUCUGUAUGGCUCAUCCAACGUCGUUACCGGGGAAACCAAGAGUUUCUUCAGUGCUGCAAGAUCGUGGUGGCAAGUUGACAAGAUAUCUCCUUUAAAACUCUUUGACGAAAACCGCACUCUCUCCGGUUUUAACCUAAGACGUUUAAUGUAUCAACAACAUGGCGACGAGUAUGUCAAGCAGACUGUUCAAAAAGUAUUUUCUUUAUUCCAAGAGCAGAAGAUUAAACCUUUAUUAGAUUCAACAUGGGCUCUCGAAGACGUUGCUGAAGCGAUGCAGAAGAUGCAUGACCGUAAGAACGUAGGCAAAGUUAUUUUGGAUCCUAGUCUAGAACCGAAGCCGAAACCAGCUACUCCAGCUAAGGGUAAAAAUAAGGAGGAUAAGAAGAAGCAGUCUUCCGAAGAAAAGAAAGAGCCAGAAGAGAAGAAGGAAGAAAAUGCGAAAGAGGAGAAAAAGGAGGAACCUGUUGUCAAUGGUGAUUCGGCUGGCGAAUCACCAGAUUCUAAAAAGGAGGCUUCAAGUUGAAUUCCCAUAUGAUAUACAUCGGAGCUAUCUUCAAAAAAUAAAUAUAUGCUUACACUUUUUAACAUUUUAUCUAUAGUUUUAAUUUUUUUUAUUCUAGAAACAUUGAUGCGGCGGACAAACAACAGAUCUCAAUAUGUUGCAAAAGUUUUUAACUAUAUACCUAUUCUAAGCGCAAACUGUGUUAUUGUUUUCUAAGAAUCAAGUCUGAGACCAAUGAAAUAUCAAUUAUUUUUAUAAAUUAUUUUCACACUUGUAUCAAUGGUGCUCAUUUUUCCAGUAGAUUUGAGAAAUCUUUUUGAUCCAGCUUUUUAAACGACACACAUAUCCUGUGUACCAGACCAAAAAGUAGCGGUUUUGUAAGAAUUUAUUUUUUCAAUUUACCUAAUUCAUCUAUCUCGUAUAAUAAUCCAAGAGAAAGAAAGGACAAAUAAAUUGUAAAAAGUAGCUUUGUCCCGUAUUUUUGCUAUAAAGCUGUUAUUAACGUUUUCUAUGCAUAUCAAACGCAAAAAAUGAGUAAAGGUUUCGAGUAUACAGGGUGGGUCAAUGAAAACAGUCCACCUCGAUAUUUGGCAGUAUUUAUUAGAUUUUAAGGAAACAGGUCGAUUUUUGUUCUGAGCGAGACACAUUUUUAAGACACAUACAUCUGUCAUUUGUCAACCCCCUCCCUUCCACUUCAUCGGCCACUUAUUUUUAAAUAGGGAAUAUAUCACGUGUGACACAUCAUUAGAAAGGCAUUUAGAUGGAGUAUUCAGAUAUAACGAUUGUCCACGAUUUUUUUUCGAUAUUUGCACCAUCUUUGCAAAAAAAUCUUAAUUCAUUUAAAGUACCAUUCCUCUUAAAAAUGAAACGUAACGCCUAUGCUUUGCUAAUAUGUAAUUUUUUCUGUUAAAUGACAUAUUAGCAAACCAUAGGCGUUACGUUUCAUUUUUUAGAGGUGUUGUACCUACUUUAAAUAAAUUAAGAAUUUGUUUGCAAAGACGGUUGCAAAUUACGAAAAAGAAAAUCUAAGACAAUCAUUAUGUCUGAGUACUCCAUAGAAAUGCCUUUUUAAUGAUGUGCUUUGCAUGGUAUAUUCCCUAUUUAAAAAUAAAGGGUCGGGGAGGUGAAAGAUAGAGGGUUCACAAAUGACAGAUGUAUGUAUCGUAAGAAUGUGUCCCCCAGAGAACAAAAAUGGCAGAACUGUUCCCUCAUUUCCUUAAAAUCUAAUAAAUACUGCCAAAUAUUGAGGUGGACUGUUUCCAUUGACCCACUCUGUAUUAUAUUGUUUAAUUUGUAAAUUUUAGUAGUGGAGCAGUUGCUUAUGAGAUUAUUUUUUAAAUAUUAAUUGUCCAAAUGUAUUUUUUUUAUAAAUGUGUUUUUAAGAAUGUUUUUAUAUUAUUAUGUUAAGAUUCAUUGGAAAAAAUCCAGAUUAGCUUGUUAUUGAUCUGAAUUUUCGCCGAAUAAAUAAUUAUAAACUUACCAUUUAAACUAAAAGUGUGUUAAUAUGCUAAAAUGCUUAAAUAUUUAUGUAAAUGUAAGACUGAUGUGUUAUCGCUAAAGCUAUUGUUUAGAUGGCCGUAAAAUAAAUUGUAUAAAUGCUA